UCGACGUAGCGGAAUUUUUGCGCAUGAGUAGUAACAGUAACUUGACUUGGUGACCGUGAAUGAGGGAAGGGAUUUUUUAUUUCUUAUCAACAUUUAUUAAACACAACAUAACCCUAUAAAUAUAGAAAUCAAAAAACAAACAGUGUUUGUUUAUUUCGUUUAUUUUAACUAUACCGUUGCUUUAACUAUCUAUUAUAAUAUUUAUCCGUUUUGUGAAUAAUGGAUUGUGAACUACACGAAGGUAUCCUUCUUGGUGCUGUGGGAUUGCUAUUGUGUGCAGCGGUUUUGGAAAAUGCUCGACGUAGGACUAUAACCAGACCCAGGCGGCAAAGACGCUACAAAACAAGACCAAUAAACCGAAAUAGAAAAAUGAAAAAUGCUUAUAAUUAUUUUUUAAAUAUGAAGAGAGCAGAUGAAGAACAAUUUUUCAAAUAUACCAGAAUGACUGUUCCAGUUUUCAAUGAAUUGUUAAGUCUAGUGAAAAGAAAAAUUUCCAAGAGAAAAAUAAAAGACGGCAUAUCUGAAGAAGAAAGGCUUGCCCUAACAUUGCAAUACCUAUCACAAGGAGGAAGCAUGCAAAGUUUGGCAUGGCAUUACCAAAUGGGCUUAACAACAGUUCACAAAAUUAUUCACGAAACAUGUAAGGCAAUAUGGGAGGAACUUUCUCCAAAUUAUCUAAGAGGUCCUUCGUCUCAACAAGACUGGAAGAAUAUUGCCAAGAGCUUUUUCGAAGUAUGGAAUUUUCCCAAUUGCAUAGGUGCCUUAGAUGGGAAACAUGUUAACAUACAAGCUCCUCCAAAAACUGGCUCUCUUUUCUUCAACUAUAAGAAAACAUUUAGUAUUGUACUGAUGGCAGCUUGUGAUGCUAGGUAUCUAUUUACUUUGGUAGAUAUUGGUGCAUAUGGUUCCCAAAGUGAUGGGGGUAUUUUUAAAAAUAGUGUGUUUGGUAAGCGUUUAGAUUCAAAAACAUUUAAUGUACCUUUGCCUUCUGAAAUUCCCAACACUAAUAUUAAAUUCCCCUAUGUGUUCGUUGCUGAUGAAGCAUUCCCCCUAAAGGAGUAUAUAAUGCGUCCAUAUGCAAGGAACAAUUUGACUCUAAAACAGCAAAUUUUUAAUUAUAGACUUUCAAGGGCUCGCAGGAUUAUUGAAAAUACAUUUGGAAUUUUAGUUGCCAGAUGGAGAGUUCUCAAACAAACCAUUAAUGCUGAUGUGGACAAUGUGGAUAAUAUAGUAAAAGCAUGUGUGGUUCUCCAUAAUUUUUGUAUGCUUAAAACUCAUGGAACAACCGAAACAACCCACUAUUGUCCUCCCGGGUAUGUUGAUUGUGGAGAUGAAGAAAAUGCUGUAUGGCGGAGAGAGAUUGAUGAACCACUACAGUCAGUUGGGCGUGUAUCAGCCAACAACGCUAGUCGGGUGAAUAUAGAGUCACGAAACACCAUGACAGACUAUUUUGUAUCACCUCAAGGAGAAGUUCCAUGGCAGUUAGAAAGAGUACUGAGAGGAAGAACACCCCAAUAAUAUUUUGUUAUGGGUUUAAAUAUAAUAUCAUCUUUGGCUUUUACAACUCCUUGUGAGUCUUUGCAGCAUUGACUAUUGUCUUCCAUUGGUUUCUAUCCUGUGCUACUAUUUUCCAUAAUCUCACUUUUUCCAUCUUCUCCAGGUAUUCUCUGACUGUAUCUUUCCACCUUUUACUAGCCCUCCUGCCAGUUGUCUUUCCCAAAAUACAUUGUUAAUCAGUAUGUCGUCAUUACGCUGUACCACAUGGCCUGUCCAUCUUAGUCUAUUGGAUUUUAUGUAUCUCACGAUGUUACCUUGCCUGUAGAGAGUCUCUAAUUCAUUAUUGUAUCUGCUCCCCCAUUCAUUUGUCACUGUCACACUGUCCCUGCAAGGACCAUAUAUCUCAUAGGAUUUUACAUUCCCAUAUUAAUAGUUUAGUACAUUUGGAUUUUGGCAUGUCUAUAUAGAAGCUUUGACCUCAUUAGA